GUAAAAGUUGGCGAGACGCCUUAUAUCCGAGGAUUCUCGGGAGAUGUGGUUCAGGUUGCUGCUUGGGCUCCUGGCAUUUUUGUGACGCUGUUUUCAGUUUUUAAGCCAAUCUUUAUCUGCCGUGGCGAUUGUUUGCAUUUUAUAGUGGCUUGUUUCCUCAUUCUUGAGCUAUACGACGUCGCUUUUAUAGUGGCUGUUGGAUUGGAUUGUGAACCAUUGGAUCUCUGUACAAUACCAAGACAAAAAACAGGACAUUCGAAUUUCAGAAUUCUGUGUCUUCCCUAUUAGAGACCUUGAUUUCUGUCACCAAGAGAGACAUGCAGAUCACUCCUUCCUAAUUAAUUCAAAAACUUUACAGGAUGCAGAAAAAAAAGCUUUACACAGGCAGAAACAAGUGUUCAGGAGAGAGGGAAUACAAAACCAUAAUAAAAAUGCAAAAUGAGUUUGAAAUCUCAGGAGAUAGAAGAAUGAAUAUCUGUUGUUUUAUAUUUCCCUUAGUUUUGACCGUGUUUAGUGGAUGGUUGUUGAAGAGUGUGCUCAUUGAACCAACCAGUUGAAACAUUGGGAUAGGGUUGGCAUUCAUGGUGGCAGCCAAGCGCUGUAAGCUUAUCAUUACAAUGCCUGCUUCAAUGAGUACUGGAAGAAGAAUCAUUCUUCGAGCUUUUAGAGCUGACCUUGUUCUCACUGAUCCUACUAAAGGGAUGGUGGGGGCUGUUCAGAAGGCAGAGGAGAUUUUGGCUAAGACACCAAAUGCUUACAUGCUGCAGCAGUUUGAAAAUCUAGCCAACCCAAAGGUCCAUUAUGAGACUACUGGGCCAGAGCUAUGGAGAGGCUUAGGAAUGAAAUUCGAUGCCUUUGUUUUUGGAAUUGGUACUAAUGGCACAAUAACAGAUGUAGGGAUAUUUCUUAAAGAAAAGAACCCCAAGAUAAAGCUACAUGGUGUGGAGCCAGUUGAAAGUCCUAUCAUAUCCGGUGGAAAACCUGGUCCACAUAAGAUCCAAGGAAUACGCAUUGGUUUUGUCCCAGGUGUUUUGCAAGUCAACAUUGUUGAUGAAGUUAUUCAAAUAUCAAGUAAUGAAGCAAUUGAGACAGCAAAGCUUCUUGCCCUGAAAGAAGGUUUACUUUUGGGAAUAUCAUCUGGUGCUGCCGCUGCUGCUGCAAUUAAGAUUGCAAAGAGACCCGAGAAUGCUGGAAAACUUAUUGUUGUAAUUUUUCCAAGCUUUGAAGACAGGAAUCUGUCUUCCGUCCUAUUUGAAUCCGAGAGAAAGGAGGCAGAAAACAUGGUGGAGGAGCCCUGA